CCGAGGAGUCUUGUAGGCUCAUUAUUAUAUUUUCAUGAAAUAUGUCCUUCCACUUGACGAUGCGCUCGCCUUUCAGGGCGGCCCAGUCAUUUAGGUUCACAACACCAUGUCAUUCUUUGGUGAGCCAGGCGCAAGGGAUGUCUAGUAUAUCUACCAAGCCUACACCAUCUCCAAGCCAUAAAGAGAUAGAGUCGGGGAUGUAAGUAUUCAUUUUUUACUGUCUAUUCUAGACCUUUCCCAUCAAAAAACGAAAAUUAUAGUUGAACUAAGAAAUACUACUACCCACAGUGCAGCCAGUGAACCACAAGAUAUUAACAUAAAAGAAUGGUUUGUUUGUCCUUGAGGUAUAUAAUAAAAUGCUAUGAUGGCCUAAUCAUACAUGAUAGGGCUAAUCGGUUGGACUGGGUGAACGAAGAACUUCGUCUACCUCGAAAUGUGCAAGCGAUCUACCUGCGACCUCUGCGGAGAAAAGCCCAAUAUGGCCUGCCAGUCUGCGAUCUUCAAUUGAGGUCGUACAACGUUCAGAAUCUAGAAUUCUUCGCGGAUUUUGCUCUACGCGCUGCCUACUAUCUGAAGCUUCCCGUGUCCGGCCCAGUCCCUUUACCACGCAUCGUUGAACGUUGGACGGUCCCUCGAAGCAACUUUGUACACAAGAAAAGCCAAGAAAACUUCGAGCGAAUUACACUGCGUCGAUUGAUACAGAUCAAAGAUGGGAGCCCCCAGGCAGUGCAAGCAUGGCUAGCUUUUCUUCGCAAACAUGCAUUUUAUGGAGUUGGGAUGAAGGCAAAUGUGUGGGAACAUGAAAGCAUUGAUGUUAUCAAAGCAAUGGAUGCAGCGAUUGCACCGGCCGAGAAGUCUCUUCAGCAUCGUUUCGCGCAGUUCAACCAACAAGAUUUGGAACCAGGGAUUCCGUUAUCAAAAUUGGUGGAUACCAUACAACCCAAUAGCUCGAGGGCCCCCCUGACAGGGGUUCGUGGUCAUUGACCAAAAUCAAUUCUUAUUUGAGUGUACCAUUGUCGAGUUUCUUCAAUAUCUAUGGAAAAUUUCAUGUGACAGAACGAAUUCUUGGCGGAUUUAUCAGUACUUUAGUACUUUAGGUUAUGUUUCCAUGUGGUUUCCUUACGGCUAUUAGAGGCUUGAGAUAGGCUUGUAUGGUUAGAGUAGCUUUGUCAAACAAUAAAGAGAACUAAACUGACUACAUAUGCAGUAUUAUGGUCUAUAAUUCUCUAUAGGGUGGGGUUGGUUAUAGUUAGAUAAAACCCUUACUAGUG